AUGUCAAUUGCUUCCAGAUUGAGAACAAAGAGAUCUGUUCAUCAAGAUGAACUUAUGAGAAAUGAUAAUGAUGAGAACAAUUCUUUUGUGGUUUCUUCUACACCAUCCAAGAAAAGGAAAAUUAGUAGUAUAGCCUCUAUUACACCUGAUAAAGAAUCAAAUGAAUCUACUGCUAUCUAUACCCCAUUCCUCAAGAAAAACACUACUAUGAAAUUACCUUUACAAAAUAUUACUCCAAUUAACAAUCGUAUAUUAUCGCCACCACUGACACCACAAUCUUCUACUAUCAAACAUUUGACAAGAAAAAAUUUACAGAAUGAAAUUAAAAAUUUAAAUGAUAACGAUCAACCAAUUCCAGCAACACCAGAAAAACCCAAGAAAUUUAAAUUACUAAAUCAAAAAGAUAAAUUAAAUGUUCCAACUUUUGUCUUGAAUAAAGAUUCCAUAUAUUCUAAGACGAAGGCAAUCCUACAAAGAUCUUCUGGUCUUUGGGCCGAUGAUAUUGGUGUCUUACCAACGAGAAAUGUAGAAUACACUCAAAUCUCUUCUUUCUUGAGAACUAAUAUUGUUAACAAUAAAAGUAAUUCAUUAUAUAUAACUGGGCCUCCAGGUACAGGUAAGACUGCUCAAUUAAAUUCCAUUUUAAAUCAUCAAUUCAUUCCAACAACUAGUCCACAUAAUGAUUUGAAAAACAUCUAUAAAUUUAAUACUAAUCCUGAUGAUGAAAAUGAAUUUAAAUAUGUCGCAAUGUCCACUAUAAAUUGUAUUUCAUUUAAUGACCCCUCUUCUAUUUUCAACAGAAUCUACAACGAAUUUAAUAAAGUUCAAGAUGUAAGAUCCGUUCAUUCUAUGCACGAUCUACAAACAUUCAUGGAAAGUCAUUCAAAAGAUACGGCUUUCAUCAUCUUUCUUGAUGAAUUAGAUAAUUUGACAAAUAUGAACCAAGCAUCGAAAGGUUCGAAUAGUCAUGCCUUUUCGACAAAAAUCUUAUUUGAAUUAUUCUUAUUAGCAAAACAACCCUCAAUCAAUUUUAUCCUAUUAGGUGUAUCAAACUCUUUAGAUAUGACUGAUAGAUUCUUAACAAGGUUGAACCUAAAAACAGAUCUUUUACCCAAGACUAUUAAUUUCUACCCAUACAAUGCAGAACAACUGUUUGAAAUUAUCAUGAACCGUCUUUCUAUUGUUGAUGCCAAAGAAUCAAUUUUUAAUCCAAUGGCAAUCCGUUUUGCUGCAAAGAAAAUUUCUAGUAAUUCUGGUGAUUUACGUAAAUUGUUUGAUAUUUUAAGAAAUAGCAUUGAAUUAUUAGAGUUAGAAACAUUAGCUCAAUCACGUAUGUCUAAUAGCAAAGAAGCAAAUACAACAAAACCAAUUGUUUCUUUACAACAUAUUGCCAAGGUUUUUACUAAUUUAAAUUCAAACAAAUCAACAAGAUCAAAAAUUAAUAAAUUGAAUAUGCAACAAAAAUUGGUCCUUUGUGCUUUAAUGCAUAGGGAAAACACCGAUAUUUUCCAAUCACAUUGUACUAUAGAUGAUUCUUUCCAAUAUUAUAUUAAAUUAAUGAAUAGACAGGAAAUUUCUCCUCUAAAAAGAUCUGAAUAUCUAGAGAUUUGCAACGCUCUAGAAAGUAAUUCUUCAAUUGAGAUCAUCGAUGGUAGAUCAUCUGGUAAAUUAAAGACAAGAAUCAAAUUGAUUAGAUGUCGUAUAGAUAACAAAGAAUUCAUCGAUGAAAUGUCCAAAUUUGAUAUCCUUAAGAGAUUUCUAUAA